AUGCCAUUUCUCUACUUUAGAAACACUUUUGGUCUUAGAUAUCUGUCAACAGCAAGAAAAUCAGUGUCGGUCAUUGGGUCAGGUCCCUCUGGCUUUUAUACCGUCUGUAGACUGCUUUCCAAGUCUACAGUUCCUCUGGAUGUUACGCUGUGGGAGAAGCUGAUCGUGCCAUUUGGCCUGAGUCGUUAUGGCGUGGCUCCAGAUCAUCCGGAGGUGAAAAACUGUGAGGAUACCUUCAGCCGAUGCGCUGAGGAGUUUAGAAUACCUAACAAGGCAGGACACCACUUCAGAUUUAUGGGUAACGUUAAUAUUGGGGAAGAUCUGAAACUUCGACAGCUACUUGAAACUCAAGAUGCGGUAAUAUUGAGCUAUGGGUGCGGCGGAGAUCGAAGGUUAGGUAUUCCAGGUGAAAAAGAUACUCAUGGAGUUUUCACCAGUCGAGAAAUAGUCAACUGGUAUAAUGGACAUCCGGAGUUUUCUGGAAAUAAGGAUACCCUAAGCAGUUUUGACUGGAGUAGAGUUCGCAAGGUUGGCAUCAUUGGUAAUGGUAAUGUGGCUUUGGACAUUACGAGAAUUCUCUUGAGCAAUCGAAUACCUGAAAUUUGGUCGCAAACGGAUAUCAAUUUGGAGGCUCUCAGAGCCCUCAAUCAAGCUCCAAUCGAACAGGUCAAGCUGAUUGCACGUAGGGACUUUCAACACAGCAAGUUUACCAACAAGGAGUUUCGAGAGCUCUGGGAGUUGGAGAAGUACGGUAUCAAGGGUAUCAUAAGACCAGAAUUCUUUGAUGUGACCAAAUUCGACAUGGCUGGUGCUGAUCGAGUGUUCAAAAGGCGCGUCGAAAUGGUUUCUGAGUAUUUGCUACCUUUUGAUCAACGAACCAAGAAAAGCUACAAAAAGAAUAAACCCCCUUCGACAGGCGUUACCAAGACGUGGGAGCUCGAUUUUCUCAAGACACCACUGAAAAUCAACAGUGACUCGCAAGGAAGACUUCAAUCUGUUACUUUGUGUGAAAACAGCCUGACUUCCGAUAACCAGGUAAAGCAACAUCAUGACGAAACGCUGGAAUACGAUGUGGACGUGCUGAUUACGUCGCUUGGAUACGGAAGCAGUCCACUCGAGGAGUUUGUUCCGUUGAACAUUGGCUUUGGAUCAAAUCGGGUUACGAAUACCAAUGGUCAUGUAUUAGAUACCAACGGUUCCAUGGUGCCGGGGCUCUUUGCCGCGGGCUGGAUACGAAAAGGAAGUAGCGGUGUUAUUGCCUCUACGAUGGCAGAUGCAUUUCAAGUGGCUGAUGCAGUUAUUGCGGAGCUUGAAUCCGGGGCGUUACCCAAGACCAAAGCCUUGGAUGUGUCUGGUUUGAAAUAUACGACGUGGGAGGACUGGCAAAAGAUCGACAACGAAGAACGCAAGCAGGGUAUUUUGGAGGGCAAGCCACGUAGUAAGAUGUUAUCGGCCUCCGAAAUGCUUGAGUUUCUUGAUUCCACAAAGUAA